CGCGGGUGACAACAAAUUCGUCGCGCGGCGGCGGUGGAGGAGUCCGCCUCGGUGCCUGCCUCAGGGCCUGCCGCCUCCCCGCGUGUUCUCUUGCAUCCUCUCUCGGUGACUUCUAGGGCCCUCGCGGAGGCCCCGCACUCCCUCCCCGGGCCUGGGGCGACGGGGACUCCUCCGUGCCUGGUCCCCGCCUGGCCUAGCGCGAGCCGCGCGGCGCGGACGAUGGGGUCGCCCUGAGGGACGCCCGGCGCCGAGCGGGCAUGGAGGGGCUGUCCCGGGCAUAGGCCCCGCCGCGGACCGGGCACGCGGGCCGGGACCCGAGGCGCCGCCGCCGCGGCCCGGAGCCGGAACCUGGGCCCCAGCGCCGGAGCCGCCGCCUGCAGCCCCCGCGGGCCCCGUUGCCAGCCCUCAUCAUGCCUUGGCCGUUUUCGGAGUCCAUCAAGAAGAGGGCCUGUCGGUACCUCCUGCAAAGGUACCUGGGCCACUUCCUGCAGGAGAAGCUGAGCCUGGAGCAGCUCAGCCUGGAUCUGUACCAGGGCACCGGGUCCCUCGCCCAAGUCCCCUUGGACAAAUGGUGUCUCAAUGAGAUCCUGGAGUCGGCAGAUGCGCCUUUAGAAGUCACUGAAGGAUUCAUACAGUCAAUUUCUCUGUCAGUUCCAUGGGGCUCCUUGCUACAGGAGAAUUGUGCACUGGAAGUGAAAGGGCUAGAAAUGGUCUUCCGGCCUAGACCCCGCCUAGCAACUGGUUCUGAACCUAUGUAUUGGUCAAGUUUCAUGACCAGCAGUAUGCAAUUGGCAAAAGAAUGUCUUAGCCAGAAAUUAACAGAUGAACAAGGAGAAGCAUCGCAGCCUUUUGAAGGACUUGAAAAGUUUGCUGAAACCAUUGAAACAGUACUAAGAAGAGUAAAAGUCACUUUUAUAGACACUGUCUUGAGAAUUGAACACGUGCCAGAAAAUUCCAAAACUGGAACUGCACUUGAAAUUCGAAUAGAAAGAACUGUCUACUGUGAUGAAGCUGCUGAUGAGGCCUCAGGAAUUAAUGUGCAUCAGCCCACAGCCUUUGCUCACAAGUUACUCCAGCUCUCCGGAGUAUCUCUCUUCUGGGAGGAGUUUUCUGCGUCAGCAAAAUCUUCCCCAGUGUGUUCAACUGCACCAGCGGAAACUGAGCCAAAGCUGUCACCUAGCUGGAAUCCCAAAAUUGUGUAUGAGCCACACCCACAACUAACUAGAAAUUUACCAGAGGUAGCACCCUCUGACCCAGUGCAGAUUGGAGGGCUAACUGGUAGGCUGGAGUUGAGUCUCACAUUGAAACAGAAUGAAGUACUUCCUGGAGCUAAGUUGGAUCUUGAUGGACAGAUAGACUCUAUUCAUCUAUUCCUGUCACCAAGGCAGGUGCACCUGCUUUUGGAUAUGUUAGCAGCUGUUGCUGGACCAGAAAAUUCUAGCAAAAUAGGGUUAGCUAAUAAAGAUAGAAAAAACCGACCCAUGCAGCAAGAAGAGGAAUACCGAAUUCAGAUGGAAUUAAACCGGUAUUAUUUGAGAAAAGAUUCCCUCUCAGCAGGUGUAUCUUCAGAGCAAAGCUUUUAUGAGACAGAAUCCGCUCAUACACCUUCUAGCCGUGAAGAAGAAGUUUUCUUCUCCAUGGCUGAUAUGGACAUGUCUCAUAGUCUCUCUUCUCUUCCACCUCUGGGAGACCCUCCAAAUAUGGACCUUGAGUUGUCAUUAACUAGUACAUAUACAAAUACUCCAGCAGGAUCUCCAUUAAGUGCUACUGUGCUUCAGCCAACGUGGGGAGAUUUCCUUGAACAUCGUAAAGAACAACCAGUAAGAGGGUCCACAUUGCCGUCCAACCUAGUUCACCCACCAAAUUUACAGAAGACUUCUCUCCCAUCUAGAUCUGUUUCAGUGGAUGAAUCCAGGCCUGAACUUAUUUUUAGACUAGCUGUGGGAACCUUUUCCAUCUCUGUGCUUCACAUCGAUCCUUUAUCUCCACCUGAAACAUCACUGAACCUUAAUCCAUUGACGCCUUUGGCGAUAGCGUUCUUUACCUGUAUAGAAAAGAUUGACCCAGCAAGAUUUUCAGCAGAUGAUUUUAAGUCUUUCCGAGCAGUAUUUGCGGAAGCUUGCAAACAUGAUCACCUUAGAUUUAUAGGUACUGGCAUCAAAGUGUCCUAUGAACAAAGACAAAGAUCAGCUUCCCGAUAUUUUAGUACUGAUAUGUCCAUUGGGCAAAUGGAACUUUUGGAAUGCCUCUUUCCAACUGAUUCUCAUUCUGUUCCUCCUCACUACACAGAGCUUUUAAUGUUCCAUUCCAAAGAACGAACUGAUUCCCAUCCCCCUGUGUGUCUUCAGCUUCAUUAUAAGCAUUCUGAGAAUAAAGGACCCCAGGGUAAUCAAGCAAGACUUAGUUCUGUUCCUCAGAAGGCAGAAUUACAAAUUAAGUUAAAUCCUGUGUUUUGUGAGCUGGAUAUCAGUAUUGUGGACAGGUUAAAUUCUUUGCUUCAACCACAAAAGCUUACUACGGUAGAAAUGAUGGCAUCGCACAUGUAUACUUCAUACAAUAAACAUACUAGUCUGCACAAGGCUUUCACUGAAGUAUUUCUGGAUGAUUCACAUAGUCCUGCAAAUUGUCGGGUAUCAGUACAAGUGGCCACACCGGCGUUAAACCUUUCUGUUCGCUUCCCAAUACCUGAUCUUCGGUCAGAUCAAGAAAGAGGACCAUGGUUUAAGAAGUCACUUCAAAAGGAGAUCCUUCAUUUAGCAUUCACAGACCUAGAAUUUAAGACUGAAUUUAUAGGAGGAUCAACCCCAGAACAAAUUAAAUUGGAACUUACCUUUAGAGAAUUAGUUGGGUCAUUCCAGGAAGAUAAAGGAGAACCAUCUAUUAAGUUUUUCCAUGUGUCUAGUGGAGUAGAUGGCGAUACAGCAUCAUCAGAUGACUUUGACUGGCCACGAAUUGUACUGAAAUUAAAUCCACCAGCUGUGCAUUCCAUUUUGGAGCGAAUAGCAGCUGAGGAAGAAGAGAGUGAUGGCCGCUAUCAGGAAGAGGAGGAAGGGGGUGCUCAUUCCCUGAAGGAUGUUUGUGAUCUGCGAAGACCAGCCCCUUCUCCCUUUUCUUCUCGUAGAGUCAUGUUUGAAAACGAGCAGAUGGUGAUGCCAGGAGACCCUGUGGAAAUGACAGAAUUUCAGGAUAAAGCAAUCAGCAAUUCUCACUAUGUGCUGGAACUUACGUUACCCAGCAUUCAUGUAACACUACCUAAUAAAAGCUUUUAUGAGAAGCUUUAUAAUAGGAUCUUUAAUGACUUGCUGCUGUGGGAACCAACAGCUCCAUCACCAGUGGAGACAUUUGAAAAUAUUUCCUAUGGUAUUGGUCUUUCUGUAGCCAGUCAGCUGAUUAAUACCUUCAACAAAGAUAGUUUUAGUCCAUUUAAAUCCACAGUUCACUACGAUGAGGAGAGUGGAUCUGAGGAGGAGACGUUGCAGUAUUUUUCUGCUGUGGAUCCCAACUAUCGUUCCCGUAGGAAAAAAAAACUAGACUCUCAGAACAAGAACUCGCAGAGUUUUCUCUCGGUUCUUCUGAGUAUUAACCAUGGACUAAUGGCAGUGUUUACAGAUGUCAGGCAAGAUAAUGGAGAGCUGUUGGAAAAUAAACAUGGCGAAUUCUGGUUAGAGUUCAGCAGUGGUUCGUUGUUUUGUGUGACCAAGUAUGAAGGCUGUGAUGACAAGCACUACAUCUGCCUUCAUUCCAGUAGUCUCAGUCUGUACCACAAAGGUGUAGUAGAUGGAGUGAUUCUUCCUACAGAAACACGACUGCCCAGUUCAACCCGCCCACACUGGUUGGAACCUACUAUUUAUUCCUCUGAAGAAGAUGGCCUCAGUAGAGCUUCUUCAGAUGGCGUUGCAGGAGACACUUUGAAUAUGCUCUCUGUUGCAGUUAAAAUACUAUCUGAUAAAUCAGAGUCCAAUACGAAGGAAUUUCUCAUUGCUGUGGGGUUGAAAGGAGCCACACUCCAGCACAGAAUGCUUCCUUCUGGGCUUAGCUGGCACGAGCAGAUUUUAUACUUCUUGAAUAUUGCUGAUGAACCUGUUCUGGGAUAUAAUCCUCCAACUUCGUUUACAACUUUUCACGUUCACCUCUGGAGCUGUGCACUUGAUUAUAGGCCUCUUUAUUUGCCGAUUCGAUCUCUUCUCACUGUGGAAACCUUCAGCGUUUCCAGUAGUGUGGCCUUGGACAAAUCCUCAUCUACUCUCAGAAUAAUCUUGGAUGAAGCUGCCUUGCAUUUGUCUGACAAGUGUAAUACUGUUACUAUAAAUUUGAAUAGAGAUUAUGUUCGUGUGAUGGAUAUGGGGCUUUUGGAAUUAACCAUAACUGCAGUGAAAUCUGAUUCUGAUGGAGAGCAAACUGAGCCGCGCUUCGAGCUACACUGUUCCAGUGACACUGUCCAUAUCAGAACGUGCUCGGACUCUUGUGCUGCUUUAAUGAAUCUCAUUCAGUACAUUGCAAGCUAUGGGGACUUACACGCAGCAAACAAGGUGGAGACGAAGCCUGGAGCCUCUCACAGAAAGAUGAAGGUAGAUUCCAGCGGUCGCUCCUCCUCACAGGGUCCAGUACUUCCUGAAGCAGACCAGCAGAUGUUACGCGAUCUGAUGAGUGACGCUAUGGAGGAGGUUGACCUGCAGCAGGCCGCCGCAUCCGCGCAAGCCCAGGCUAACGGUGUUCUGGAUGAAAAAUCUCAAACUCAGGAGCCAUGUUGUUCAGACCUCUUCCUGUUUCCAGAUGAGAGUGGGAACAUGUCCCAGGAGCCUGGCCCUCCUUACCCCUCAUUCACACACCACUUGAUUAGUGAUGCAAUGGCAGGUGUGCCCACUGAGAAUGACGACUUUUGCAUUCUUUUUGCACCAAGAGCAAACAUUCAGGAGAAGGAGGAAGAGCCAGUUGUAAAAGUGAUGGUCGAUGAUGCGAUUGUAAUAAGAGAGAAUUACUUUAGUCAACCCGCUAAGAAGACGGACACGAGCAAAGCCCCAUUACACUUUCCCAUCCCUGUCGUCCGCUAUGUUGUUAAAGAAGUCUCUCUCGUUUGGCAUCUUUAUGGAGGAAAGGAUUUUGGAACAGUCCCUCCUACUUCUCCAGCUAAAAGUUACAUCAGUCCCCACAGUUCACCUUCUCACACUCCCACAAGGCAUGGACGUAACAUGGUAUGUGGGGGAAAAGGAAGAAACCAUGACUUUUUAAUGGAAAUACAGUUAAGCAAGGUGAAGUUUCAGCACGAGGUCUACCCGCCUUGCAAGCCGGAGUGUGACUCCGGCCUCUUAGAGCACCCAGUCUCCCGGCAGGUGUUUGUCGUGCAGGAUCUUGAAAUUCGAGAUCGUCUGGCAACAUCACAAAUGAAUAAGUUUUUGUACCUGUAUUGCAGUAAAGAAAUGCCUCGAAAAGCUCAUUCCAACAUGUUGACAGUGAAAGUAUUACACGUGCGCCCCGAGUCCGGCAGGUCACCGCAGGAGUGCUGCUUGCGAGUGUCCCUAAUGCCACUUCGCCUCAAUAUUGACCAGGAUGCCUUGUUCUUCCUGAAGGAUUUCUUCACAAGUCUUUCUACAGAAGUAGAGCUUCUAAUGGCUCCAGAUCCAGAAGUUAAAAAGUCUCCUGGAGCUGAUGUCACCUGCAGUUUGCCAAGGCACUUAAGCACCUCCAAGGAGCCAAAUCUAGUUCUUUCUUUUCCUGGGCCAAAGCAGCCUUCCCAAGAUGGUGGUGCCAAUUCAGUGGAAGUGGUUAAUGGGGAGGAAGAGAAGGUCUUCUCAGCUGAAGAAGCAUCAUUUAGUGAUCAGCCCGUGUUUUUUAGAGAAUUUAGAUUCACAUCAGAAGUUCCUAUUCGACUUGAUUAUCAUGGCAAACACGUAUCAAUGGAUCAGGGUACGCUGGCCGGGAUUCUGAUUGGUCUGGCCCAGUUAAACUGCUCAGAACUGAAGCUGAAGCGGCUUUUCUACCGGCAUGGCUUGCUAGGUGUUGACAAAUUGUUCUCGUAUGCAAUCACGGAAUGGCUUACUGACAUUAAGAAGAACCAGCUACCAGGAAUCCUGGGAGGCGUUGGGCCUAUGCAUUCACUAGUACAAUUAGUGCAAGGCCUGAAGGACUUGGUCUGGUUACCAAUAGAGCAGUACCGGAAGGACGGUCGCAUCGUCCGAGGGUUCCAGAGAGGUGCUGCAUCCUUUGGCACCUCGACGGCGAUGGCCGCGCUGGAGCUCACCAACAGGACGGUCCAGACCAUACAGGCGGCAGCAGAGACUGCUUAUGACAUGGUGUCUCCUGGGACCCUUUCUAGUGAGCCCAAGAAGAUCAAAAGGUUUCCUCACCACCGCUUAGCCCACCAGCCAGUGGACCUGCGGGAAGGUGUGGCCAAGGCCUACAGUGUUGUGAAAGAGGGACUUACAGACACGGCUCAGACAAUUUACGAAACCGCAGCUCGAGAACACGAGAGCAGAGGGGUCACUGGUGCCGUGGGCGAGGUCCUGCGCCAGAUUCCUCCCGCGGUGGUGAAACCUCUGAUUGUGGCCACGGAAGCGACAUCAAAUGUAUUAGGUGGCAUGAGAAACCAAAUUAGACCAGAUGUUCGGCAAGACGAGUCACAGAAAUGGCGCCAUGGGGAAGACUGAUAUUUCAGACGCGAUUCUUUAUGGAGAGAGUGAGGGUAGAAGUAAGGAGCAUAGCGUCCCGUUGGCAGCUUUAGAGGGUACUCAUUUAAUUUUAUUGUGCUCAUCUCAGGAACAAAAGCAUUUCUUAGUUAAAUAAUUUAAUAUCAAAGCAACAUGCAACCAAAAACUUGUGACAUUGUAGGGCUAGUUUAGUACUUGCGUAGAGAAAUGUUUGGUGGUUAGUGUCAAAAGUUCUUAAGCGUUUGCUGCCAAGUGAGUGGAAUGCUUGCUAUUAUUAAAAUGGCUGUGAUUCUCCUUGCUAUGGAUGAGAGAUCAUUGGAAGCCUCCCGUUACAGUACAGAGUGCUCAGAAACUUCGAAAGUGCACUUUGAAAGCACUAUUUAUGUUGCCCUGAGGAGAGUUGAUUUUUCUCAAGGUUUAAAAAGAAUCACAGCUUCGAAACUUUCACUGAGAAUGAGAGACAGAAGCUACAGGGAAAGCAAAGCAAAUAGGAUUUUAAUAUAAAUAACCCUGAGGAAUAAAUAACCUAGUCUGUUGGAUUUAGUGUCCGUGCACUUGAGAACAUUAUUUCCAUUCCCUCAGAAAAUCUGUGGGCGUUGAGAACGUGAAUGUCGCAGACAUGUUCUGUUGUGUUGCACUUUAUCGUGUGUGUGUGUGUGUGUGUGUAGAUUAAUACAAGUCAUGUGAUCUGUUUGUUAUGUAAUUUACAGAUUUUCACAAAAUAUAAAGAGGAGUAAGACUGAAUGUUUUUGGCAAAGGAAGCUAACUCAGAUGUAGUAACUUCCAUUUAUUUUAAGUGUAAAUGAAAAUGUGCAUUCUAUAAUGAACUGGGGCCCAUAUGAUUGUUUAUAUGUUCACUUUUCAGCAGAUACAGUGCAAGCUUUUAGGAAUGUGUGGAAAGGGAGAUUGGAAAUGAUUUUUACUUUUCUGAAAUUAACCAAAAAUCCUCCAAAUAUGCCCUAGUCAGCUAUUUCGAAGUACCAUUUUUACUUGGUUAACAGUGUACAUUUUGAUAACCUGUCAGGAAUGAAUAAAGUAUUUUUAUUUAAAGGUAAAAUUGUUCUAUGCUUCCAUGAACAUUUUGCUUUUUUUAGAGUAUAUUCAUAGAUGCAAUACUUGGAUCCAUCCCAAAAUAUUUGGGAAUACUUUCUCGAAACUGAUUUUGGUUAAUAUCAAGUAAAUCAUUACCCAGGAGUAGGAGAAAAAUUGUUCACAAGGACUCACUUUUUGACUUUAGGUGAAUCUAGUAGAAAAAAUGCAGGACUUUGUGUUCAUCCACUGAUGUGAUGUGAAUUUUCAUUUUCUGAAGUGGGGAGAAUGCCAUUCACAUGAAUUUAGAUUUCAGAACUACAUUUCAGGUUGGGGUUUGAAAAAUGAUGUCGAAUCGAUUCCAUUCUCUAGAUUUUCUGAACAAGAAAGCAAUGUAAGCCAAACAUCUGGACAUUUAAAAUUUAUGAAAACUGUGUUAAACAGCAUUUAAUUUUUGUUUCCUUUCUAUUGCUGAAAAAACUUUAAAAAGGCACUGCUCACAGAACCAUCCGUUACUCUGUCCCAAUUAAAUGGAGUCCAUGCAGAAUGUGAUCCUGAGUAAACAGUAGCCACGCCCAUGCAUCAUUGAGAAGGCUCAGCCGGCUUCGGGGGCACGUUCUGACCGCCCUGCUCACUGACCCCAUGCAUCCUUAAAACAGAACAUAUCAUGUCUCUUAUUUGUGAUGAUUGAUUAAACUGCAAAGCCCUUGAUCAACUUAAAAAUAUAAAAUCUCUAAUUUUAAAAUACAUUUUCCAUAGUUACACUAUUUAAGUUCAGUUAGAUAUAGUCUAGGGAGAAAUAAUCACCCUCUUCUUUGCACUCUUGAGUUGCAAAUAGACCCAUCUUUUGACAAAUUUGGUUUGUAAAUCCUAGUAUAACAUAGAUCUUCAUAAUGUCAUUUCCAUGGUUCUCUGCCACAGAAUCUGGGUUUGGGAACCAGAAACCUGCCUCAGAAAGGCCCAGUAUCAAGGCUCUGUUCAUUGCCAGUUUAACCAAGAUGCUCUUUGAGAUGUUUAUGUAGACUGUAUUUGAACACUUCUGCAUUAUUAAGUAUCCUCAAUUUUUUCUUUGUUAAAAAUGUCUUUUCCAACCUUUAUGUCACAGUGACACAGUAAGGAGAGCGUGGGGCAGGACCCUUGGGCUGCCAGAUCUGCCCUCACUUGGCAGGUGACUUGGCCAAGGCAUUAGAUUUCUGUAAGUCUCAGCAUCUGUCUGUAAACUAAGGGGCCCAGCAGAGAUUUUUGGAUGAUCGUGUGUGUGUGUGUGUGUGUGUGUGUGUGGUGUGUGUGUGUGGUUUGGUAGACCCCCAGGCCUGUGACACCCCGGGCUGGGGGUGUUGGAGAGCAUGGAGGUCACACCACACACGGGAGCCACGGCUCCCUCAGAUCUUGGAUCUCUGAGUACUGCAUUUCUGAGUGGCCACCGGGCCUGUGUGGUUGACUUUGAUGAACUAUUCUGCAUGGAGUAGACGACGUGUGUCCACAUGUGGCUGCAUGGAGGCCAAAUGGGUGUUACCCCAGCGAGUCCGGGUGAGCAAGCCUGACCAAGAUCCGUCAGCGAGUUUAAGACCACAGUGUUACAGAAGUGCGUGAAGACCACUUCAUAAAGGCAGCGAUACUUCCUCUUGAGCGGAGCUGAUGUGCACCCCGUUUCCCUUCCUGUCUGUCCCCAGAUUGCUGUUAUUUGCCAGUAGAACAUUCCCUUUCAAUAUCUGCCUUUUAGGACAGACGUAAUACAGCAUUUCUUCUGGACACAGCAGUAAACUUUCAUUUUAGUGAAGUUUGGGUCCAGUUUGGAUUCCCACUUUAAGCACAUGUAUUUCACAUCAAUAUUUUUAUAAUGCAAGACUCACUUUAGGGAAUCUUUCCAAGUCCCAGUGUGCCUAGAAUAGCAAAAAUACCAAAAACUGCUGUUUCCUGCCUCCUGCUGUGUCACUUUUAAAUGGUAUUAAAAUAUUUCCAGGAAAGGGGCACCUGGGUGGCUCAGUCGUUAAGCGGCUGCCUUCGGCUCAGGUCAUGAUCCUGGAGUCCUGGGAUCGAGUCCCGCAUCGGGCUCCCUGCUCAGCGGGAAGCCUGCUUCUCACCUCUCCCACUCCCCUUGCUUGUGUUCCUGCUCUCGCUCUCUCUCUGUCAAAUAAAUAAAUAAAAUCUUUAAAAAAUAUAUAUAUAUUUCCAGGAAAAAUGUUUAGUUUUUAAUCCUCUCCUGUAAAAACCGUGUUCUGUAGGUUUGGUGCCCUUGCUCAGUUUCAAAACCGUCUGGGCAACCCCGUCUGCUUCUGUGCAGGGGCCGCCGGCCCAGGGGCGUCAGGCCUGCCUCCAGUGUGCUCGGGUCGGGUUCUGGGCACUGUGUACUCUCCGCAGAGCGGGUGGACAGCAGGCCGUGUUGACUUGCAGCCAUGUUAAACGAGAACGCUUCACUACAUGGUUUCAGGGUUAACAACUGUCGUGACAUUCACUUAAAUUCUGUAGAUGUGAAAAGCUUUGUGACUUUUUUUUUUUUUUAAGAUUUUAUUUAUCUGAGAGAAUGGGAGACAGAGAGCAUGAGAGAGGGAGGAUCAGAGGGAGAAAGCAGACUCCCCGCUGAGCAGGGAGCCCGAUGCGGGACUCGAUCCCAGGACUCCAGGAUCAUGACCUGAGCCGAAGGCAGUCGCUUAACCAACUGAGCCACCCAGGCGCCCAGCUUCGUGACUUUUAAUCACUGGCCUUUGCUUCCAUUUUCUUCCACCUGCAUCGGGUAGAAUUCCUCAGGAUUGCAGGGAGGAGUGUGGCAGGGCUAGUGUUGGUGGUGAGCAGUCACUCCGUUUCCCCUCACAUCCUCUUGACCUACUUAAGACAUGAGGGCCAAUGUCUGUAAAGUUCCUUGAGCUUGAAAGUAAGGGACUGUCAAAAGCAAAGUGAGACUCUUUUGUAUCUGCAGACGCAUCCAUCCAUUGGACAUACCAGUUGGGAUCAGAUAGAAUAAAUCAGAUAGAAAUUUGAGUCUUAGGUUUAACCAGGAAGGCUACUUGUAGAGUGUAUAAUACGGGGGGGGGGGGGGAAUCUUCUAUCAAACGAUCUUAUUUCUGUUUAUAGGGAGGUAUAGUCGGUCUUUCCACAGAAGCCUAGUUGUGUGCUUCAUUGCCAACUUCCUUUUUUUUUUUUUUUUUUAAUUUAUUUAUUUGACAGAGAGACACAGCGAGAGAGGGAACACAAGCAGGGGGAGUGGGAGAGGGAGAAGCAGGCUCCCCGCUGAGCAGGGCGCCCAAUGCGGGGCUCGAUCCCAAGACCCUGGGAUCAUGACCUGAGCCGAAGGCAGACGCUUAACCGCUGAGCCACCCAGGCGCCCCGCCAACUUCCUUUUAUCCCCGUGUUUUGGGACCAUGUAGGCGCACCACCCCCUUUAAUAGGCCUUGUAAGCUUACACGGGGAGUAUUUUCCUCGAUCCUGUUACUGUACAUCAGACACAGAAAAGCUCUUCUAACACACCAGCAUCGUGGGCUGUGUUGGGGAUGAGAAAUCUGAGUUUCAACAAUUCACACUGAGAGGUCAGCAGUUUUCAAAAACAUCAGGGAGGGUCCGGGAUUUUUGCCUCCUGUCCCAACCAUGGCCACCGUGGUUUCGAGCGUGUGGCUCAGUGGGAAGCGCCGGAGUGCGGGCUGCUGUGCGACUCGGGAUGGCCGAGGGGGUGGCGGUGGCCUCGGUGACCAUGGCGCCGGAGUUAGCAGCCCCCCCUUUAAGAAGUGUGUACACUUUGCUGUUUGACUCGCGUUCUGCAUGCACGAAACGGCAGCUUCCAGCCUCGGGGUGGGUUUCCUAAGCAGCCGGGGGCGCAGGCCGCACUGGUCACUUCUCCACUGUGGACCGUGUGGUGGGGGCGGGGGGGCGCCGAGUUCGGCUCUCCUGCGAAUCCCUCCCGACUUAACCUUGGACAUGGAACUUAAUCUCACCACAGUGUUGUAUGCUCCUUGCUGAGUUCCCUAGUUUCCCUACUUAAGUUUGGAUGUGAGUACUUUAAGAACACUACUGCUGUAUGAGUCUUUUUGUGGAAAUGUAACUCGUCCGUGUGACUUUGGAAAAUAUUAUGAAAUGGAGAGUACGUUUGAAGAAAAUUAAAAUAUUUACUCUUUGGA